UUCAUCUUCUCGCAGCCUAAAACCCUACUUCUCCACCAUCACUCUCUAGACCCUAGUCUCUACUGCCGAAACACACAGAAUUCUCUCUCUUCGGAAGAAGCAGCAAUUCUAGGAGUCAUGGCGAGCAGCGCAGAGCCUACAUUGCAGAAGAGGGAAGAAGAGGAGGAAUCUUCUGAGAACCAGCCCGCGGAAGACGAGGAUACCGGAGCUCAGGUUGCUCCCAUCGUCAGACUUCAGGAAGUCGCCGUCAGCACUGGCGAAGAGAACGAGGACGUCCUUCUAGAUCUGAAAGCGAAGCUGUAUAGAUUUGUUAAGGAAGGAAAUCAGUGGAAAGAGAGAGGAGCUGGGACUGUGAAGCUUUUGAAGCAUAAAGAAACUGGAAAAGUUAGGCUUGUGAUGAGGCAGUCAAAGACACUCAAAAUCUGUGCCAAUCACUUGGUUCUUCCUACAAUAUCAAUGCAAGAACAUGCGGGGAAUGAAAAAUCUUGUGUUUGGCAUGCUGCUGAUUUUGCUGAUGGGGAGCUAAAGGAGGAGACAUUUUGCAUUAGAUUUGCUUCUAUUGAGAAUUGCAAAACUUUCAAGGACAAGGUUGAAGAAAUAGCUGAAUCUCAACAGAAGAACGAUGGAGAGUCUGAAGAGGCUAGUAGUGCUGCUAAACUUAUCGAGAAAUUGAGUGUUGAAAGCAAUGAUCAAGAAGACAAGCCCAAAGGCGAAGAGGCGCCUGCACCUGCUGAGGAGAAAAAAGAUGAGGCUGAGAAGAAGGAAAAGGAUGAUGAUAAAAAUUAAGGCAUUACAUCAAAUAUUUAAUUUUUUUGGGGGACUUGUCUUGAGAAAGGGUUUAUAGCAUGGGUUUCAGAGUAAGAGAAGUGUCUAUGCCCAUACAUACGAUAUAUAGUCUGUGUUGUGGUUGUGUGAUUGUGUGUUGGUUUUGAGGGUGUUAUUAUUUGGAUUGUUUUUUUGGGGAUUUGAGUGCAAUAUUAUUCUUAUUUUAUUUGGUAUUUUCAGUUUGAUUAUA